UCUGGCUCGUUGUUGCGAGGUGCUCAAAUUGUUCGGAGGUGCUCGCCAACAUGUCGUCCUCAGAGACUAGUGCUGGGCAGAGCCAAGCAGCUUCUUAUCCGGCUGUAGCCCCUGCAGCAAUACCUCCUCCAUAUAUGGCGCCACCAGGAAUACCGCCCCACUACCCCAUGGGUAUCCCCCCCAUGGCCCAGCGACCGCCCAGCAUGACUCCAAUGCCGCCAGGUAUAAUGCCCCCUGGCAUAAUGCCACCAAUGGCUGCACCGCCAAUGGGACAGAUGCCAAGCAUGAUGCCACCCAUGAUGCCAGGAAUGAUGAUACCCCCUCGCAUCCCAGCUGCAGCUGUACAGCCAACAGGACCACCUGGUGUUGACUCCACAGCUGCAGCACCACCUGGAACAACUAGCACUACAAAUGGAUCGCCACAGGAAGAACAGCCAAAAAAGUCUGUGUGGACAGAACACAAAUCRCUAGACGGGAAGACCUAUUAUUAUAAUACAGAGACGAAACAAUCCACAUGGGAGAAGCCAGACGAACUCAAAUCUCCUGCAGAGCAACUGCUGUCUAAAUGUCCAUGGAAAGAGUACAAGUCGGACACAGGAAAGCCUUAUUAUUACAACUCUCAGACAAAGGAGUCCAGGUGGACCAAACCCAAAGAGCUGGAAGACCUGGAAGCUAUGAUCAAAGCAGAGGAGAACGGGUUUGAUUUCAGGACUACAGAGGCCGUGGCCCCUGGAACAACUGCAGCUCCUGCUGUUCUGCCCGACAGUACGACCACUACAGCGACAGUAAUGGAGGUGGAAACUGCAGCAGCGGUCGUCUCCGAGGAACCACAGUCCCAGGUGACCAUGAAUCAAACAGCUGAGGUCAAGCCUGCAGAAGCACCUGUGACGUCCUCCGAGAGCGCAGUCGUCACAGAGAGCACAGCCAGCGUCGAAGUCAAAGAAGAACGGCCCGAACCUGUGAAGAAAGUCUACAAGUGGAGCACAAAAGAAGAAGCCAAGCAGGCCUUCAAGGAGCUGCUGAAGGAGAAGGGUGUGGCGUCGAACUCCUCCUGGGAACAGGCCAUGAAACUGAUCAUCAACGAUCCACGCUACAGUGCUCUUCCUAAGCUGAGCGAGAAGAAGCAGGCCUUCAAUGCCUACAAAGUCCAGACAGAGAAGGAGGAAAAGGAAGAGGCCAGAAUCAAAUACAAGGAGUCCAAAGAGACCUUCCAGAGGUUCUUGGAAAACCAUGAGAAGAUGACAUCUACCACUAGAUACAAGAAAGCAGAACAAAUGUUUAAUGAGCUCGAAGUGUGGAGCUGCGUUCCUGAGAGAGACAGGCUGGAGAUCUACGAGGAUGUGUUGUUCUACCUUGCUAAAAAAGAAAAGGAGCAAGCAAAGCAGCUGAGAAAAAGGAACUGGGAAGCUUUGAAGAACAUUCUGGACAACAUGGCCAACGUGACGUACCGGACCACCUGGUCUGAAGCGCAGCAGUAUCUGCUGGACAACCCUACGUUUGCUGAGGAUGAGGAGCUGCAGAAUAUGGAUAAAGAAGACGCCCUCAUUUGUUUUGAGGAGCACAUCCGAGCCCUGGAGAAAGAGGAGGAAGAGGAGAAACAAAAGACUCUUCUCAGGGAAAGAAGGCGGCAGCGUAAAAACAGAGAAUCCUUCCAGAAAUUCCUGGACGAGCUCCACGACCACGGUCAGCUUCACUCCAUGUCCUCCUGGAUGGAGAUGUACCCGGCCCUGAGCUCCGACAUGCGCUUCGCCAACAUGCUGGGCCAGCCUGGUAUGACAUCAGGCCCCGUCACACGUGACCACACGCGUUCCACUCCUUUGGACCUCUUCAAGUUCUAUGUGGAAGACUUGAAAGCUCGUUACCAUGAUGAAAAAAGAAUAAUCAAAGACAUCCUCAAGGAUAAAGGAUUCUCAGUUGAAGUCAACACCAGCUUUGAUGACUUUGGAUCAGUUAUCAGCUCAGACAAGAGAGCCACCACUCUGGAUGCUGGAAAUAUAAAGCUAGCUUUUAACAGCUUACUGGAGAAAGCUGAAGCCAGAGAGAGGGAGCGAGAAAAAGAGGAGGCCCGCAAGAUGAAAAGAAAAGAAGCAGCUUUCAAGAACAUGCUGAAGCUGGCCACACCGCCUCUGGAGCCAGAGGUGACAUGGGAGGAAGCCAGAGAAAGAUUCCUGAAAGAACCAGCGUUUGAAGAUGUGACGCUGGAGUCUGAGAGGAAGAGAAUAUUCAAAGAUUUCAUGCACGUCUUGGAGCACGAGUGCCAGCAUCACCACUCCAAGACGAAAAAGCACUCUAAAAAGUCCAAGAAGCACCACAGGAAGCGAUCUCGCUCUCGAUCGGCUUCAGAGUCUGAGGAAGAGGAGUACCAUAAGAAGAAGAAGAGGUCGCCGUCCAAGUCGCCCUCAGAACGCUCAUCUAGUGGAGAGUCUGAGAGAAGCUAUAAAAAAUCCAAAAAGCAUAAGAAGAAGGGCAAGAGGAGACGCCACAAGUCUGCCUCGCCGGACUCUGACAGCGAGAAGAAAGGACGAGAGCGUGACGGCAAGCGUGAGAGGGACUCUGAGAAGGAUAAAGAAAACGACAAGUCUCGAGGGAAGUCUCGCUCCGAGUCCAAACAGAAAUCUCCCAAAAAGAAAGCAGCCAAAGAGGAGGGUGGCUGGGAUACAUCAGGCAGUGAGCUGAGUGAAGGAGAGCUGGAGAAAAGAAGAAGAACUUUACUGGAACAGCUGGAUGCUCCUUGAUACUUCUUGUAGAUCUGUUUUUUUUUUUUGUUGUUGCUAUUUGUACACUUCAACAAACAUGCAUUCCCUGCAGGCUCAGCAGACUGUGCUGAAUGAGGAAACACCUCGCGCCGCUUUUAAUGGGUGUGCACUAACUUACUGUUCACUCGUGACUAAUUUGAUAUCAGGAAACUCAUCAGCUGUUCAGUUUGUAAACAUCCAGCUGUCUGUUGUUAGCUUCAACUUUUUUCUUUAGCUGGCUGUAAUUUGUUUUUCUCCAUUGUCCAUUUUUAU